GUUGGGUUUUGCUGAUGACGUGACAAGGCGUACAAGAAAAAACCCUGCGCUACUAGCACCUGGUUAGCGAGUUUGUUGACUUUUGGUGUUCUCCUUGUUUCUCCUCGAAGUCAGCGCGGGUUACGAAGGAAAAUGGACAACAGCGGGAAAGAAAAGGAGGCCAUGGCUUUAAUGGCCGAGGCCGAAAAGAAAAUGAAAUCCUCUCAGUCGUUUUUCGGAGCGAUGUUUGGGGGUUCCUCGAAGAUGGAAGAGGCCUGUGACAUGUAUGUGAGGGCAGCCAACAUGUUCAAAAUGGCCAAAAAUUGGUGUGCUGCAGGAAAUGCAUUCUCCCAGGCUGCUCUCCUUCACCUCCAGAUGCAGAGCAAACAUGAUGCAGCAACUAACUUCAUAGAUGCUGGAAAUGCCUUCAAAAAAGCAGAUCCACAAGAGGCUAUAAACUGCUUAAACCGAGCUAUUGAAAUAUACACUGAUAUGGGUCGCUUCACCAUUGCAGCCAAACAUCACAUCACCAUUGCAGAAAUAUACGAGACAGAGCUGGUUGACAUCGACAAGGCCAUUGCUCAUUACGAACAGGCAGCAGAUUAUUACAAAGGUGAAGAAUCCACAAGUUCAGCGAACAAGUGCCUUCUGAAAGUAGCAACCUAUGCCGCUCAGCUGGAGCAGUAUCCAAAAGCGAUUGAGAUCUAUGAACAGGUUGGAACCCAUGCAAUGGACAGUACACUCCUGAAAUACAGUGCCAAGGAUCACUUCUUCAAAGCGGCGCUCUGUCACUUCUGUGUGGACAUGCUGAAUGCAAAACUUGCUGUGCAGAAGUACGAAGAAAUGUUUCCAGCCUUUUCAGACGCUAGAGAAUGCAAGCUGUUGAAGAAACUUCUAGACGCCUGUGAGGAACAG